GAACAAAGACCAGGGGCAGAGGGACAUUCAUUGUGCGCAGCUCUCCAACUACACGCAGCUACGUAGUAUCGACAGUCUGCUCCUGCGCUGGAUGCACACACGUCGUCUCUGUCGGUCGUUGCUGAGUGUGCUGCUCCUCGAAUGCUACGUACAGAGUCGACUGACCCAACACCUCCUGACCCUCAUUCAACACACACACACACACACACACACACACACUCACACUCUCACACUCACCCAUACCCGAUCAAAUGCCAUCGAAAGCAGGGUCUAUUGAGUCCAUUGUCGAGCGCCUGGGCUUUAUUGAGCACCAGCAGCAGUAGCAGCAGGAGGAGCAUCAAUCACAAAAGGAGGCCCUUGAAGGGCUCAGUGUGGGACUUCUGCAGGUCCAAGACGCCAUGGUUCAGAUGUCUGCCAAUGCCGGCAGGCUAGAGAUACUGCUGGCGCAAACGCUGAAGCAGCAGCGACAAGAGAAGAUGCGCCUUGAGCAGCAGAAAGAAAAAGAGCAGCAGCAGCAGCAGCAACAAAAGCAGCAGCAACAAGAGCACCACCACCAUUACUAUCAUUACCACGACCAGCAGCAAUCACAGCAGCAGCAGCAACAAGGGCUUGACCUAGAGUCCCAGCUGCCACAGCAGCAGCACAGUUGGGGCGCCACGGCGGCUGCCCUCUUUGCAAGCUACAGGAACCCAGAUACGGGUCGGGAGUGGGUAGUCGCCAAGGUAUCUGAGUGUCGGAAGCUUGUAAAAGGGCAGUCGCCUUGGCGCAUCAGCUGCGAUGUUGCUUGCAUGGCUGCUGCGAGCCCAAGUCGAGCUCCUUUGUCAAGCUCCUUUGUCGACUGGUUGUGGUAGUGGUGGUAGUGGUGGUGGUGAUGCUCCUUCUUUUUCUCAG